UUUCUGUUCGACAGCCUAGUCUGAUUCCUCAUUACUAUCUUCUACUCACUACUAUCUUCUCAUUAUCAAAGCAAUGGCUGGCAUCGAGCAGGUAUCCGGAGCCAAUCUCCCUCUCUCCACCCACAUCAAGCUCCCAAACGGUGUCGAGUAUGAGCAGCCUCUCGGUCUCUUCAUCAACAACGAAUUCGUUACCGGCAAGGCUUCGUCUGCAUUUGAGGUCACUAGUCCUAGCUCUGGCAAAGUGAUCUGCAGCGUGCACGAGGCGCAGGCUGCCGAUAUCGAUAUUGCGGUCGACGCCGCCGAGCGAGCGUUUGAGGAAGGCCCCUGGUCUAAGCUGCCCCCCGCCGAGCGCGGUAUCUUGCUAAACAAGCUCGCCGAUCUCUUCGAGGAGAAUCUCACAAUCCUCGCCUCGAUCGAGUCGCUCGACAACGGCAAGGCUAUUCAGUUGGCACGUGGCGAUAUUGCCGGAUGCAUCGGAUGCUUCAGGUACUACGCCGGAUGGGCCGAUAAGAUCCACGGAAAGGUCAUGGACGUCUCGAGCGAUACUUUCUGCUACACCAAGCAGGAGCCUAUUGGCGUCUGCGGCCAGAUCAUCCCCUGGAACUUCCCGCUGCUCAUGUUUGCGUGGAAGAUUGGUCCUGCGAUUGCCUGCGGCAACACCGUUGUGAUGAAGCCUGCGGAGCAGACUCCUCUCAGCGCACUUUUUGUCGCCACGUUGAUCAAGGAAGCUGGCUUCCCUCCCGGUGUGAUCAACAUUGUCUCUGGAUUCGGUCGUGAUGCUGGAAAUGCGAUCGCCUACCACAUGAAGAUCAAGAAGGUUGCCUUCACUGGCUCGACUAUGGUCGGACGCACAAUCAUGAAGGCUGCUGCCGAGUCGAACCUCAAGAAGGUCACUCUUGAGCUCGGUGGAAAGUCGCCCAACAUUGUCUUCGACGACGUUGACAUUGACCGCGCGGUUGAGUGGAUCAACUUUGGUAUCUUCUACAACAGUGGCGAGGUGUGCUCUGCGGGAUCGCGCGUGUACGUGCAGGAGGGCGUUUACGACAAGGUUGUUGCUGCAUUCAAGAAGCGUGCUGAGGCCAACAUUGUCGGCAACCCGUUUGACGAGAAGACUUUCCAGGGAGCCCAAGUAUCGAAGGUCCAGUACGAGCGCAUCUUGAAGUACAUUGAGAUUGGAAAGGGUGAGGGUGCGAAGGUCGAGACUGGCGGUGAGCCGCUCGAUAGCGAUGGAUACUUCAUCAAGCCUACCAUUCUUUCAAACGUGAAGAUGGACGACCGCGUGAUGCAGGAGGAGAUCUUUGGACCUGUGUGCACGAUUGCCAAGUUCACGGACAUUGACGACGUGAUCAAGAAGGGCAACGGCACCAACUACGGUCUUGCCUCGGCGGUGCACACCAAGUCGCUCAACACCGCAAUCGAGGUCUCGAACCGACUCAAGGCCGGCACCGUCUGGGUCAACUGCUACAACUCGUUCCACGCUGCUCUGCCGUUUGGCGGAUACGGCGAAUCUGGCAUUGGCCGUGAGCUUGGAAAGGAGGCGCUGAAGAACUACACGCAGGUCAAGACUGUGAACAUCAACUUGGCGUAGGUGGUUGUGGGAUACGAUUGCUUUUGAGGUUGUUUUGUUUUGUUUUGUUUUAUUUCGGGCACACUUUCGUUAGUUCAUUCAUGAGGCAAUUGACAUUUUCAUCGACAUU